GAGGUUAUACCACAUCUGAAACGUCACCCAUCAAUAUUGUCGUAAAUGAAUAAACGGAUUCAAACAUGACAGAAAAAACGGCAAAGGAGAAAACAAUUACUUCGCAAUACGCAGAACUGAACCGUUUCAGUCAGAAUGGCGAACAUGAGAGGGCUUUGAAAGCAGCCAAUAAAAUUCUUGGUGUUGCACCCAACGAGUUUCCGGCCUUCCAUUGCAAAAUUGUUGCGUUGAUCGAGCUGCAGAAGUUCGACGAUGCCAUUUCCUUGAUUAACAAGAAUCCGCAAUUUCUUCAUGAUUUGGUGUUUGAGAAGGCUUAUUGCUACUACAGAGUGAACAAGCAUAAGGAGGCUUUGGAUAUUAUUGAACAAAAUGAGGAAAGGGCUGAUUUACGGAUCAAGGAACUUAAAGCUCAGAUUUUGUACAGGUUGGAGAGGUUCCCCGAAUCAGCUAGUUUGUAUCAAGAUAUUAUUAAGAAUACUAAUGACGACUAUGAUGAUGAGAGACACACUAACUUAAGUGCAGUUUCUGUUUAUUUGGAUGCUGAGAGUGAUGAUGAUAGCCUUGGAGAUGGAACAUAUGAGUUAUGUUACAAUAAGGCUUGCUUAUUUAUUGAAAAUGGUCUUUACUCUGAGGCAGAAAAGAAAUUAAGGCAAUGUGAGAAAUUGUGUAGAGAAGUUUUGGAAGAAGAUGAGUCCACUGAAGAAGAAAUUGAUUUGGAAUUGGCUUUAAUUAGAAUCCAAUUAGCUUAUGUGUAUCAAAAACAAGGUCGUAUUAAGGAAGCCCAACAACUUUAUGUAUCCAAUCUCAAAUUGAAGAUUGAAGACAUUGCUUUGGCAGCAGUUGCUAGCAACAACAUAGUGUGCAUUAACAAAGAUCAAAAUUUGUUUGACUCUAAAAAGAAGAUGAAGGUUGCUUUGAAUGAUAAUUUGACAUUUAAAUUGCCUUCCAAACAGCGCAAGUAUAUUGCCUUGAACAAUGCAAUCUUUAAUUUCUACAUUAAUCAAAAUGAUCAGUGUGAAAAGUGCUGCAAGCAAAUUGAAACUACUUGGCCAGAGCUGUCACUGCAUACCACUGUACUGUCAGCUUUAAAUUUGGUCAAAGCUGAUAAGUUUGAUCAAGCAAUAAAACUACUAGAAACAUUUGCCAACAAAGGAAAUAAGGAUGAUGUUCUUUUCAUUAAACUUUGUAUAGCCCAACUUAAUUUAGUCCAGGGAGACAAGCUUAAAGCCUGUAAAGUCCUGGAAAACCUAGGAGAUGAUAGUUAUCGCCCUGCCAUUGUAGGAGCUUUAACUACCUUAUAUUUAGGCCUGGGUGAUGAAGCCACUGCCCUUAAAGUAUUUGAAAAGACUGUAGACUGGUAUAAGAAGAACAAAACUAAGAAUGUGGACUUAUCCACAUUGUGGAGACAAGCUGCAGAUUUUCACAUUAAAAACGGACAUCCACAAGUUGCCGCCAAUAGUUUGGAAGAACUGUUGAGAUCCAACAAAGAUGAUAAGAAGAUUGUUGCUCAACUUAUUAUGGCAUGUUCACAGUUCGAUAAAAACCGGGCUUUGGAAUUGUCAAAACAAUUGCCAACAAUCAAAGAACUCUCCGUCGGCGUCGAUUUGGACAACCUUAACGUCCUUACAUCAUCAUCGUCGACUUCUGUUACAGCCAAAAAGAGCCCCGGCGUAAGGCAGGACUCGAAUCCCAGUACACCCAAAACCGACGAUUCAGUUAAGCGCAAAAAGAAGCACAAGAAGGGCAAGCUGCCGAAGAAUUAUGACCCCAACGUGGCUCCGGAUCCAGAACGUUGGUUGCCUAAGUAUGAACGAACUGGUUACAGGAAGAAGCGUGACAGGCGCACUAAAGAUGUUAUUAAGGGAUCACAGGGAACUGCCUCUGGUCAGGCUGAUCAAUAUGACUUCUCUAAGUACGUGGAAGAAGGCAAUGAUAGUCCUGCAUCUAGUAAUGUGGAACCAUCACCAAGGGGCAGUGCUGGAAAAGGACAGUUUGCAAAGAAUAAAAACCAGAAAAAGAAGAAUAAGCGCCGUUAAAUUUUUAUGCUGACUUGUUAUUUUAAUUUGGGAUGAAUAUAAUUUCUUUACGUAAA